GCCCGGCUGCCCUUGAUCCGCCCCGUUCCUCCCGCAGGGCCUGGCGCGGACGCCGCCGGACCGCUGAGUCUUGAGGGACGGUGAAGCGCUGGCCGGCGUCGAGGCCCUUGCCGGGGGUCGGGCGGGAGCCGGCGGACGGCAGCGAGAUGGAGGCGGCGAGAAGGGGCGCGGAGUAGCCGGCGGACCCCCGCGCUCGCACCUCCCCCGGCGCCCUGGCGCUCCGCGGGGGCGCGGCGGGCGGGGCCCCCGGGGCUGCCAUGGAGGUGCCCAACGUCAAGGACUUCCAGUGGAAGCGCCUGGCGCCACUGCCCAGCCGCCGGGUCUACUGCUCCCUGCUGGAAACCGGGGGGCAGGUCUAUGCCAUCGGGGGAUGUGACGACAACGGCGUCCCCAUGGACUGCUUUGAGGUCUACUCCCCCGAGGCCGACCAGUGGACUGCCCUGCCCCCCCUGCCCACGGCCCGGGCCGGGGUGGCCGUCGCCGCCCUGGGGAAGCGGAUCAUGGUGAUCGGGGGUGUGGGCACCAGUCAGCUGCCCCUGAAGGUCGUGGAGAUGUACAGCAUGGAUGAGGGCAAGUGGAAGAAGAGGAGCACGCUGCGCGAGGCCGCCAUGGGCAUCUCCGUCACGGCCAAAGAUUACCGAGUGUACGCAGCAGGCGGGAUGGGCCUGGACCUCCGUCCGCACAACCACCUCCAACACUAUGACAUGCUCAAGGACAUGUGGGUGUCUCUAGCACCCAUGCCCACCCCGAGAUAUGCUGCCACCUCCUUCCUCCGAGGUUCCAAGAUCUAUGUGCUGGGGGGACGACAGUCCAAGUAUGCCGUCAACGCCUUUGAGGUCUUUGACAUCGAGACCCGCUCCUGGACCCAGUUCCCCCACAUUCCCUGCAAGCGGGCCUUCUCCAGCUUUGUGGCCCUGGACGAGCGCCUGUACAGCCUGGGUGGCCUGCGGCAGGGUCGGCUCUACCGGCGGCCCAAGUUCCUCCGGACGAUGGAUGUGUUCGACGUGGAACAGGGGGGAUGGCUGAAGAUGGAGCGCUCAUUCUUCCUCAAGAAGCGGCGGGCAGACUUUGUGGCCGGCUCUCUGAGUGGACGCGUCAUAGUGGCUGGAGGACUUGGAAACCAGCCCACUGUCCUGGAGACGGCAGAGGCAUUCCACCCGGGGAAGAACAAGUGGGAGGUCCUCCCAGCCAUGCCCACGCCCCGCUGCGCCUGCUCCAGCAUCAUCGUCAAGAACUGCCUCCUGGCCGUGGGGGGCGUCAACCAGGGUCUGAGCGAUGCAGUGGAAGCCCUGUGUGUCUCUGACUCCUAGCUGGCUCUGGGCCCCGCCGCUGUGUCCUGGACCAGAUCUCCCCGCUCUCGACAAGAGGAAUGGUCUCAUCCAAGCAAUCUGAGCUGCUUUCCAGGAUGCCAUCUCCUGUCAGCAGCCAGUGGGGUCAGGCCCCGGGGCUCUAAGUGAGCGCUCCCCCUCCAAACCCUACCCAUCCGCGGAAACUAAGACGUUGCGAUGACUCUGCCACCCCCCUCAGGUGACCUCUGGGGAGAGUCCUCACUUACUGCUCAGGCAGAGAACAGUACAGGAGUAUCUGCUGCCUCCUCUUCUGUGCGUUUACUUCUCCCAUCUCCAGGACAGGGGGUAGGCAAGGCAGUUCUGAACCAGAGGAUAGCUACGUAUAGUUGUCAUUUCCCUGGCUCUGGGCUCGUCUGAGGGUCUCUUGGGAUGGAAAAUGGAGAAGGGUUUCAGGGGUCCCAACCCUUCUCCUCUCCCUUGGUCUACAUCCCUUCCCCCUUUGGUGGCCAACUGUGGGCCUGCUCUGGACCUCAUCUACUCAACAAGAAUUGGCCCCAGAGCUGGAGGCGGCUGACUUGGAAGGGAAGUUGGGUUCACGUGCACUGGUCCAGGUCAGCAGCCCUAGCCAGGAAGGACCCAUGCCUCUCGGGGUCCUGAUGGGAAUGUAAGGAUGGGGAAGGAGCAAACUCCCAGCCCAGGGUCUGCUCCCCACUCUUCGCCUCCCUUCAUUUCUCCUUUGGUCACCCCUCCCCACCAGGGGCCUGGCCCUCUAUCACUGACGGCCCCAGAGUGUUUCUGUGUGAAACCUUCUCAUUUACACUGUGGCAUCAAAAUCCACAAAGGAUGGAUUAAUUGAACUCUGGUUAACAGCAGCAGCACAAUGAUUAAAAUCUA